AUGACUAUGAAUAAAUUGGAUGCCACACUGGAUGAUGUGCAGAACACGCGGUUCGGAAAUAUCUAUCACGAUCUGAUCAAGCAAAUGGCCAAGACAACGCAAUUUACCGAGGGUGAAGUGAGCAGCAUUCUAAUGGUUUACCAUAAAUUCGUUUUGGCCAACGGUUCCAAGGCGAAGCAUAUGACCAAGAAGCAAUUUUUUCACCUAUUUUUGGUUUUAUUCAAAAUUUUCGAUUUGCAAAUAAUCGAACGGAUACUACUGCACAUCACACUGGAUAUGAAAAAGGAGGUAGAUGCCGUUGCCUGGGUGCGCCUAUUCUCCGUUUUCAUGACCAACAAGUUGGAUCAGAAAAUUAAGUUUACAUUUCAAAUAUACAAUACUCAUGACACUGGUUUUCUAAAUCGCGAGAUAGUACAACAUGCGGUCGAGAAAUUUUUCACUGGUGAUGAUGAGGAUGAAGUUAACGAGUUGCGUUCGGAUAUGGUUGACUUGUUGUUCAAGAAAUUUGAUGUGGAUAAAGAUGGUGUUAUAUCGUUUGAUGAUUAUGCGACGGUAGUGACAAAGCAGCCAAUGCUGUUGGAAUUUCUGGGGAAAUGCUUUCCAUCGUUAACUGGUACGCCAGUCAUUGCCCUCUGUGCCAAUAUUAUGUCCAAAGUAAAUUUCGAUAAGUCUUGUACAUAG